GACGUUUGUGAUUGUGGUAUUGUGGUCAUUUCCUAGUGAUCUGUGGUCAUUUCAACACGACACGACAGUUUACGUUUUUAAAAAUAUUUUAAUUUGUUUUGUUUGCAUUUGCACGGUGCUUUUGUGUAUUAUGGAUUUAACACUAAAUAUAUUUACACUGAAUUGCUGGGGUAUACCAGUGGUUUCAAAAAAUCGUAAAGAAAGAUUUGAAGCGAUCGCAACAUAUUUAUCACAAGCACCACACAAUAUAGUCUGUCUCCAGGAGGUUUGGAGUGAAACUGAUUAUUUGUAUUUAAAAGAGCAAUUGCAAACUAAUCUCCCAUUUUCACACUACUUUUACAGUGGUGUCCUCGGAUCAGGUCUAUGUAUAUUCUCAAAGUGGCUGAUACAAGAUGUGUUCUUCCACCAGUGGCCGCUCAAUGGCUACAUACACAAGAUCCACCACGGUGAUUGGUUCGGGGGCAAGGGCCUAGGCCUGUGCAGAAUCAAAUGUGACAACCGAUUGAUCAAUAUUUAUUGUACACAUCUACACGCAGAAUAUAAUGUAGAUGACAUAUACUUGGCACACAGAGUGUUGCAAGCAUACUCCACCGCAGAGUUCGUCAACCUCACCACUCCACCGGCAGAUGUCUCCAUACUGGCCGGGGAUCUGAAUACUGCUCCCGGAGACAUAUCAUUUAGGUUAAUAUCUCAGUUACCUCAGUUAGUGGAUCCGUGUAUACUAAGCCGCUGCAACAACGUCGCCGAGAAGCCUGCGGGCACGUGCGACAACAUCAACAACAGUUACUCCGACCCCAAACUAGUCAAAACAUGUCCAGAAGGGAAGAGGAUAGAUCACAUACUGUUCAAUGUGCAUCCGCAGUUAGAGGCUGACGUGGUAAACUUCGGCAACCCCUUAGAAGAAAGAGUGCCCGGGAAAGCGUUUUCCUACUCAGACCACAACGCUGUUUAUUUGGAGCUUAAGAUCAAACAGACAGACAAAUUCAAGCAUAGACAACAAAGCGCUGAAGAACGCUUCCAAGAGACAAUAGACGAAGCUAUCAAGAUCUGUAAAGAAGCUAUGGUUACUAUAACUAAAACUAAAAGGUUAUUCCUCACAACUGGCGGUCUUAUAUUUAUGUUCCUAUUGGGGUCUGUAGGUUUUUGGCCCAACAAUAUAAUAGCUGAUGUAUUAAAAAUCAUAAUGACUGGCAUAUGUCUGUAUUACAUAACAAUGGGCACUCUGUGGCAUAAAAUAGAAAUGAACAGUCUGAAGGCGGGUUUGUCUGCAAUGGAGAAUUUUAAACGAAGCAGAAAUGAUGUAAAGUUUUAUGAUUAACUAGCGGACGCCCGCGAUUUUAUCCGCGUGUACUUGAUGUAAACUUUCAACCCCUAUGUUACCAUUUAGGGGGAUUUUAAAAAUUCUUGCAUCACAUUACAUUUCGUAUUUUUUUCAUGAUUUAUGGACAAAUUUUUAUAACUGUAACUCUAAACAUGCAGGUUUCCAUACAAACUUUCAACUCCUAUUUCAAUUCUCUUUUGAAUUUAUUUUCACAAUAAAAAGUAUCCUGCAACCGUAUUAUAGUCUCAAAUCGUGCUAAGUUUUAUUUAAAUUCAUUCAGUAUUUUCAGCGUGAUUCCCGGUCAACAAAAACACGGACAGACAAACAGACAGACAAGAAAUCGAAAAAAAAUAUGUUUAGCUAUCCAUUAUAUAAUGCCCUCCAAUAAAAAAUUUCAAAAUAUCUUCUAUGUACAGAAUUUGACUUGUUACAGUUUUAUUAUAAGUAUAGAUCGAUUAAAAUUUUACCUAUCAAUAGCUCAGUGGUAAAGGGGUCGGACUCAUCAUCGAGAGGUGGUGGUUUAACCCCGCCCGCUGGACUAUUGUCGUACCCACUCCUAUAGCUUGGCAAAGUCGUAACACUCCCGAUGGUCCGCGCGGGCCGGGAGGGGUAGCGAUGCCCUCGACUUUACACCCGCAUAGUCCUUCCCCCCGUCGCCCGCAUAUCACGGGAGCGUCAUGAGCGAACUUGUCAAGCUAAAAAACAGUCUUUUCCAACUAAUUGGAGAUGAACGGGAAUAUUGGUCAUAUUUAAAAGAUGUGACAAAUAUUCUUUUUUUAAAAAAUAAAAAAAAAUUAAGAAAUUGUAAGUCCAAUAUGCUCGACCUUUAAAAAGUUAAAUCCGACAUAUCCUGGGAUUGAUCUUUGCUGAAUUAUAUUUUUCGCUAUUAAAAGGAUUUAAAUAUGCCUCCCAUUGCCACACAAGAUGCAAAUUCUACUAAAAUUUUAUAAAUGUCCUUAAUCUUAAACGUAAAAUGAAAAUUUCAAAAAAUAAAUAUUGAGUCUUGCUUGCUGCCUCUUCUACUUAUGAGCCCUAAAAUAUUUCUGUGAGUAUCAGUAUUUUUAUACGUAAUUAUAUGAUUAAUAUUAUAUGCCAUAAUAAUUAUGUAAUACCAUAUCAGUUCAUAUUCUAUAGUAGGUAUAUAAGAAGCAUAUCCUUGUGAUUCGUUCAUAAAUAAGUAAUAAAUGUUUUAUACAAUAUCAUAUAUACAUUCCGAGAAAUAAUUGAAAUAUCGAAAUAUUUUAAGUCUUUUUAAAUUAUAAUAUUGUAUAGGUUUAUGAUAGAUAAAUUAAGCCAUAUUUUUAUAAAAACCUAAAACUAUAAUAUAAAUAAUGUAACGCUCAGGAAAUUAUAAUGCAAUCAAAUGUGAUAUUAUGCCUAAAGCCAUUACCGUGUGUACGUAUUUUAAUAUGAGUAAUUUUAUGCAUUAUGUGCUUGCAAAGUUCCAAAAUGUAUACAAUUUAAUAUACUAUUUUCAUGUUUCAAGAUGGUUUGAAAAUUAGUGGCUUGUGACCAAAAUUGUUCAGUCUGAGACUGGUAAACAAUACAUAGAUAAUCAAUAUAACUGACCAUUUCGUCAUAUUAAUAUUCUAGGGAAAAAGAUACUAUGGAUAAGAUAAAUAAAAAAAUACUAUGCACCUGUUUUACUUAGCCCACAUUGUCGACAAAAUGUCGACUGGUCAUAGGCCACCUCUCAUACCAAUAAUAUUCAAACCUCUUGUCACAAACAAAAUUAAGAAAAUCUCUAAAUAAUUAAAAUUUCAAUCAAAUCUUUAAUUAUUUGUUGAUAAACAAUAUUGUAAUGAUUGUACAUAAUCUACAUAUAAAUAUAUCAAAGGAAAUUUCAA